AUGUCUCAGAACCCUAAUCAGUCGCUACAUCUGAAUCAGCCCGAACUGGCCUCCCUGUCUCUGUCGCAGCAGCUAUCAGAAUCACUACAUCAUCAUAAUCAUCACCCACUGCAAAAAAUCCAACCGGAAUCGGAACAAGAUGUCCCCCAUCCUCCUGACCAACAAAUAGACUAUUUCCACCCUCAGGCAGCUGAAAGCACCCUAGUACCGAAAACACCAUUACACCAUCAGCCACAACCACAACCACAACCGCAACCGCAAGAACAAGAACAAGAUCUGUCCCUGGUAACACCCACGACCGUCAAACAACGACUACCAAGAAAAUAUUUCUGUAAAACUUGUAAUCAAGGAUUCACUAGAAAACAUAAUAUGGUUAGUCACGAACUUAUACAUUCAUCGUUGAAACCUCAUGUAUGCAACAUUUGCCAUUUAAAAUUUAGGAGAAUACAUGAUUUGAAGCGACAUGAAAAACUUCAUACUGGAGAGAAACCAUAUAGCUGUGAAAAGUGUUCACGGAGAUUUGCUAGGCCUGAUGCGUUAACAAGGCAUCAGAACUCAGCUAAUGCAUGCUUAGGGAGUGCGAACAACAAUAACAACGCCGCCAAUACUAUUAACAAUUCUGUAAAUAACAUUCAUAAUGGGUUUACCAACGGUGAAACACCUUCAGGAAGCUCCUACAGUCAAGAUAUGUCUUUUAACACAAGAGCACUAAAUCAUAUGCAUUCCGGCGGUAGUGUUAGUAGUAGUGAUGAUACACCUCAACGUCCAGCACUAGCAGUCAACCAACAAGAUGAGAGAGAUUCGUCAGCAGCAUCAAAUUCGACUGGUGUUUCCUCCCAUUUUAGCUCUAAUAGUAAUGAACCUGCCACUAGUGGUGAUUCUACAACUACAUAUGACAUAAAUUGCAUACCGACAUUGAAAACCAUUGGACUUUCACCAGAAGAUUUAGAGAGGAAGCAAAAUACAAGAAGUCAUAGCAACCAAGAGUUUGGCUCAAAGCAUCAACAAAUGAUGGAGAAGCAGCCACGUAGCCAAAGCUUUGACAACAAGGCAUAUUCAACGUUUAAUAGAUAUGUAUCGUCGAAUUCGUUGAAGACUACGAGUGGGUCAGCAUUCACACCAAAUCCAAUAUAUCCUAUAACGUUUUAUCCCUUUCCACAAUUCAACAACAGUAACAACAACACCAAUAACGGCAAUCAAAACAGUCAUAUAUCAUUGCCCCCACUUUCAGUACCACACCAACCUCAACCACAGAUAUCUUUUGUUCCACAAAUGACUCCACAUCAUCCUCCUGUAAAUACUCAACAUGGAUCGCUACCAGUGAUCACAGGUGGGGGCACGACAGUGUAUGGAGAUGAGUCUCAGCAGAUUCAACGCAGUGAUCUGUCGAGUGUUUCUACCCUUGUACUGUCCAAAAGCUCACCAGGUUUACAGGGGCUCAAUCCUAUUCCAACACCAAUAAAAUUCCCACCAAAUCCAGCAACUGUAGUGAGAAGCAAUUCCAUUACCAAUUCUUUCAUGAUUCCUUCCCUUGGAAGUCGUCCUCAAUCGUUACCUACAAAUGCUGGACACCAAACCCAUCCUCAAAAAUUUUCCAGUCAAGGUACUACCCCAGGUGCACCUACAUCAAACACAUCUCAAAUUGGACAAUCAACUUGGGGUCCUCCUCAGAACCGGAGAGCUAUGAUUACAUCUUUACCUCCACCUUCUCAAAUGCUCAAUCCUUCGGGGUCGAAUUCCGCAACAAAACCGGGACAGAUAAGAAAAUUCCACAACCAUCGGAGAUAA